GUCAGUACUUAUCUGAAGGCUGCCAGGCCAAACACUGAUUUCUGAUAUCCCUCUUCUCUGAACUGAGAUCCACCUGCAAUCACAGCAUGACAAGCUACACAGAUAAAGGGGAGAAGCCUUUGAGGGGACGAUUUGUUAGGUUUCAUCAUAUCACCUUUUGGGUUGGCAAUGCCAAGCAGGCAGCAUCAUUCUACUGUGACAAAAUGGGCUUUGAGCCUCUGGCCUACCAGGGUUUGGAGACCGGCAGCCGAGAAGUUGUGUCUCAUGUCAUCAAGCAGGACAAAAUCAUCUUUGUGUUCCAAUCUCCACUAAACCCAGGAAACGAAGAGAUGGGAGAACACUUGAUCAAACAUGGAGAUGGAGUGAAGGACAUUGCAUUCCAAGUGGAGGACUGUGACUUCUUGGUCAAGACAGCCCGGGAGCGAGGAGGAAUGCUAGUUAAGGAGCCCUGGGUGGAGCAGGACAGCCAUGGGAGAGUCAAGUACGCUGUGAUUCAGACGUACGGCGAUACAACCCACACGCUCAUUGAAUACCUUGAACCCUACAAAGGGCUGUUCCUGCCUCGCUACAAAGAGCCUCUGUUUAGGGACCCUCUGUUGGCCAAACUUCCACCAGGUGGUUUGAACUUCAUCGAUCAUAUUGUGGGAAACCAGCCAGAUGACCAAAUGGUGCCAAUUUCCGACUGGUAUCAGAAAUGUCUGAUGUUCCACCGGUUCUGGUCAAUAGAUGACAAGCAGAUUCACACACAGUACAGUGCGCUGAGGUCCAUUGUGGUGACAAACUAUGAAGAAACCAUUAAGAUGCCCAUCAAUGAACCCGCCAUGGGGAAAAAGAAGUCGCAGAUCCAGGAAUAUGUGGACUAUAACGGGGGACCAGGCGUUCAACACAUUGCCCUCAACACGUCAAACAUUAUUCGAGCUAUUGAAAACCUGCGGGAACGAGGAAUGGAGUUCCUGUCAACUCCUGACACAUACUAUGAAACGCUGCGGGAGAAACUCAAAACGGCCAAAAUCCAGGUGAAGGAGGACCUCGACCAUUUACAGAAGUUGAAAAUCUUGGUUGACUUUGAUGACAAGGGUUACCUUCUUCAAAUCUUCACCAAGCCUGUGCAAGACAGACCAACACUUUUCUUGGAGGUCAUACAGAGGAACAACCACUUUGGCUUUGGGGCAGGAAACUUCAAGUCUCUCUUUGAGGCCAUUGAGAAGGACCAAGAGGCCAGGGGCAACCUGACUGUGAUUACACCUGAAGGGAGGGCCAAAGCCUUUCGUUGAUCUCAAACCAGACUGAGACUCAUACUGAGGGCUACGUGGCUGCAGGCUAUAUGACAGAGAUAAAAACACUCACCACAGCUGCAGUAUGUCAAACACAUAUGACACUGUUGAAAAUCUUUAUGUGACUAGCUGUUAGCAUUAUCGCACUUUGCUUUAAGAUGUCAAUAUUUGUGUUUGGCUAAAUAAAGAACCUCUUGUUUAUCUCUACCAUGUGUGUGCAUUAAAGAGAGUUAUGCAGAAUAUUAAAAAUUGAA